CGGCCGCGGAUAUCCGGCGGCGGCGGCGGCCCGCCCGCCUGCCCAAUGCCGCUAUGGAGCGCGGGGCUGGAGGCCGCGCUCUGCCUCCACGCCUGCCUGUGGCUGAGCGCCGCCGGCGUCCCCCCCGCCUCGCCCCGCGGGCCGGCCUGCGGCGGGGGGCUCAGCUGGGCCGUCAGCCUGGACGGGCCCGACGACGAGCUGGAGCAGCGGGCGGAGGAGCUGGCCCGCAGCGCCGGGCUGGUCAACGCUGGCCGCGUCGGCGAGCUCAAGGGCCACUACCUCUUCACCUACCAGCCCGGCGGCCGGGUGGCCGGCCAGCCCGAGGCCGUCAGGAGGUCGGUGGAUGCUUUGCUGGCGCAGCACGGCAGCGUGCGGUGGCACUCGGAGCAGAAGCUGCUGAAGCGCUCCAAGCGCAGCCUGCGCUUUAACGAUCCCAAAUACCCCCAGCAGUGGCACCUGAACAACCGCAAGAGCCCCGGGAAGGACAUCAACGUCACAGGCGUCUGGGAGCGGAACGUGACGGGGCGCGGCGUGACGGUGGUGGUGGUGGACGACGGCGUGGAGCACACCAUCAAAGACAUACAGCCCAACUACAGCCCGGAAGGCAGCUAUGACUUGAACUCCAACGAUCCCGACCCUAUGCCUCACCCUGACGAGGAGAACGGCAACCACCACGGGACCCGCUGCGCCGGGGAGAUCGCUGCCGUGCCCAACAACAGCUUCUGCACGGUGGGAGUUGCCUACGGGAGCCGCAUCGCGGGCAUCCGAGUGCUGGACGGGCCCCUCACCGACAGCAUGGAGGCCAUCGCCUUCAACAAGCACUAUCAGAUCAACGACAUCUACAGCUGCAGCUGGGGUCCAGAUGACGAUGGGAAAACUGUGGAUGGCCCCCAUCAACUGGGAAAGGCCGCCCUGCAGCACGGCGUGAUAGCGGGUCGCAGGGGCUUUGGGAGCAUUUUCGUCGUGGCCAGCGGCAACGGCGGGCAGCACAGCGACAACUGCAACUACGAUGGUUACGCCAACUCCAUCUAUACUGUCACGAUAGGUGCGGUGGAUGAGACGGGCUCCAUGCCGUUCUAUGCCGAGGAGUGUGCCUCCAUGUUGGCCGUGACCUUCAGCGGCGGGGACAAGAUGAUGAGGAGCAUCGUGACAACAGACUGGGAUUUGCAGAAGGGCACGGGCUGCACGGAGGGCCACACAGGGACGUCCGCUGCCGCUCCGCUCGCAGCCGGCAUGAUCGCGCUGAUGCUGCAGGUGCGGCCAUGUCUCACCUGGCGAGACGUCCAGCACAUCAUUGUCUUCACCGCCACCAAGUACGAGGAUCGUCACGCCAAGUGGGACAUCAACCAGGCCGGCUUCAGCCACAGCCACCAGCACGGCUUCGGCUUGCUGAACGCCUGGAGGCUGGUGAACGCUGCCAAGAUCUGGGAGUCCGUCCCGUACCUCGCCUCAUACGUGAGCCCCGCGCUGAAGGAGGGCAGGAGCAUCCCGUUACUCCCGCAGGAGCUGGAGGUCUCCUGGAAUGUCACCGCCGCCGACCUGGAGCUCUCCGGCAUGAGAACCCUGGAGCACGUGGCGGUCACCGUCACCAUAACCCACCCCCGCCGCGGCAACCUGGAGAUCAGGCUCCUCUGCCCCAGCGGCAUGAUGUCCCUGAUAGGGACCACCAGGAGCAUGGACUCGGACCCCAAUGGCUUUGCCGACUGGACCUUCUCCACGGUCCGGUGCUGGGGCGAGGAAGCCCAGGGCACGUACAGGCUGGUCGUCAGGGACAUUGGGGACGAGAGCCUGAGGCCUGGGACCUUGAAGCAGUGGCAGCUGACCCUGUACGGCUCCUCCUGGUCCCCAGCAGAGAUGAAGGAGCGGCAGAGGCUGCUGGAGGAAGCCAUGAGCGGGCGGUUCCUGAGCAGCGACUUCGCCCUGCCCUGCCCUCCGGGGCUGGAGAUCCCCGAGGAGCAGCGCUACACCAUCACGGCCAACACCCUCAAGACCCUCCUGCUGUUGGGCUGCUUUGCCGUGUUCUGGACUUUCUACUACAUGCUGGAGGUUUGCCUGACCAGGAACAACGUGGGGCUCGACCUGACCUGCAACGGCUCCACCGCCUGCAAGUGGUACCAGCAGGGAGGGAAGCACAGAGCCCUGGAGAGCGGCCUGGAGAUGGAGUCCGUGCCGCUCUACCGGGAGAAGGACGAUGUCGAGGACGUCGAGACGGAGUGUGAGCACCCGGAGCCUGCCCAGGAGGGCGGGGGGGAGGAGGGGUCCUGGACCCCCACGCACCCCAAACCUUCCAGCGGCGGCAGAGCCGUGAGCUUCGCCGAGGCGGCCGCCGCCGGGGCAGGGUACCUGGGCCGGGAGGCGCCGGCCGAGCUGCUCUCGGAGGCCAGGGAGCAGCAGACGUGCUAGCUGGGGCUGGGGCUUUGGGCUGCGUCCCUUCCGCGGCGCGUCCUCCCCGCGCACGGGCAGCACGGGCUGCCCGCGCCGCCGCGGGCCGUGCCGCUGUGUCCUGCGGGAGGUGGUGUUGGGAGGGGCUCAGAAACGAGGAGAAAGAGUGCUGGUGGUGGAAGGGGAGCCUCCCUUCCCCUCGCUCUGGAAAACAAAGCAAGCCUUAAACGCGUUUCUAGCAGAGCCUGCCCCGCCGUGCCACUCAGGGCUUCCCUCCGUGCGUGGAGCACGGCCCCGCGGCGCCGGCACGGGGCAGCCGCGGCGGAGCCGGGCGCAGAGCCGAGCGGCGCGGGGAAGAAGCGUCGCCUUGUCCCUGGUCUCUGCAGGGCGAGAGCCCGGGGCGUGCGGCGGGGCCCCUGGCAGCCGCCUCUGCAGGCAGGGACCCCCCAGCAGUGUCACUUCCCCCCCGGCCGCGCUGGGAGCUGGCCCCUGCCCACCAGUCCGGCCCAGCUCGGGAGCCGUUCUGCCUGUCUCCAGGCAGCGCUUGCUCCCGGUGCCCCGUGCUGUGACCCCGCCGCCUCCCGUCCCGCGGGCAGGCGACCGCUGCUGCGGCUUCGCAGCACAGGGCAGCCCGGCUUCCUCGGCUUGUGCCCGGGGCCCGGGAGGGCCGAGACCCAGGGUGCUGCCCGCUUGGGGCCGGGAAGGGGAGCUUGAGUUGCUCUGGCAGCGGCUCACCGGCGAGCGGGGCUGGCUUGUUCGUGUGUCUUUGGGUUCGUCGGUUUAUUUUUUUAAAGCUGGGGUUUGUUUUUUAAUCAGCAACGCCCUUUUGUCUAGCUUUCCAAAUAAAGUCUGAAAAAACCCUCCUC